AUGAAUUCUGCUGAAACAAAAAAAGACGAUGCCGCAAAAUGUAAAUUAGCUAGAUUUGGAAAUAAAAAAGUGGUUAAAUAUUCGGAUGAAUAUCAUCAUCAACGUUUGAAAAAUAAUGAAUCAGUCAAAAAUAGUCGAUUAAAAGCAAAACAAAAACAAAAAGAAACUGAAAGUCGAAUGAAUAAAUUGGCUGACGAAAAUCAUACAUUGAAUGAACGUCUCGAUUCGUUAAUGAAAGAAUUACAAGUAUUACAAUCACUCUAUAAAGAACUUGGCCAAGAUCUACCAGUCGAAGCUGUUAAGGCGCUUGAACAAAUAAAUCUUUAUUAA